UGCAAAAGCAUUACAAGAGGAAGGAAGCACAGAACGCAGUUCACCCCUUUCAUGGGAAUUGGUCAGUGACUAACAAGAGUCAGCUCUUUUGUAGGAGAUGGCUAGCUUCUUCUCAGACGUGAUUCAGUACCAGGGACUAUAUAAGAUGAUAUUCAUAUUGGGAAUUGGAGGAAGUUUCCCAUAUGGAUUCCAUAUUUCUGUAAUCAACUCACCCUCAGAGCACAUUCAGAAGUUUAUCAAUGAAACCUGGAUAGAACGAUAUAGCUCUCCCCUCUCUUCAGAGAAGAUGAAGCUCCUGUGGUCUUUCAUUGUGUCUGUGUAUGGUAUAGGAGGACUGCUGGGGAGCAUAGUCUGUGGCUACCUCACUACAAAAUACAGAAAAAAAAAGUGUCAAAUGUUUACUAACCUGAUCAUGCUAGUAGCUGCACUUUUUAUGGGCUUCAGUAAGAUGGCCAGAUCCUUUGAGAUGAUUCUGAUAGGACGUCUUCUCUAUGGCGUUGGCACAGGUUUCUCUCUUAACAUACACCCUCAGUAUGUAGGAGAGAUUUCACCCAAGAAACUGCGAGGAUUUACCAAUGCCACAGUUGCUGUUUUCCUGACUCUAGGAAAAGUCUCAGGGCAGCUUGUUGGACUAAGGGAAAUAUUAGGAAGUGAAUCCUUGUGGCCCUGGCUAUUAGCCUCUAGUGGACUCUCAGCAUUGGUUCAGCUGGUUACUCUCCCAUUCUUCCCUGAUUCUCCAUCGUACCUCCUGAUACAGAAGGGGAAUGAAGAAGCCUUCAGAAAAGCCAUUAGGAAGCUCUGGGGUGAAGGAGAUCAUCAAGCAGAGAUUGAUGACAUAAUGAAGGAAAAGGCUGCAAUGAAAAUCACCAAAACCUUACGUGUCCUGGAAGUUUUAAAAGAACGAUCCUUGCGCUGGCAAUUGUACAUGUUGAUGACUGUCAUGACCACCCUGCAGCUCUGUGGCAUCAAUGCAAUUUAUUUCUAUUCUUCUGAAGUAUUCCGUACAGCCAGAUUUGAAGAAGAUCUUAUACCCUACGUAUCCUUGGGAGUUGGGCUGUGUGAAUGUCUGUCCUCAAUACUGUGUAGCUCCCUUAUUGAGCGCUUUGGCAGAAAGCUGCUAUUGUGGGGAGGAUACACACUGAUGAGUGUGGUGUUAGCACUCCUUACAGUGACUCUAGCUCUUCAGAAUAGAUUCAUUUGGAUGCACUACUUCAGUGUUGUUCUAAUCUUCUUGUUUGUUAUCUUCUUUGGGCUUGGACCAUCUGGAGCCACCAUAGCCAUCAUGGUUGAAAUCUUCAGCCAGUCCUUCAGACCAUCUGCCUUUGUGAUUGUUGGAUGCAUCAACUGGCUAGGGCUCUUUAUACUUGGGAUGAUUUUUUCAUUCAUUGUGGAAUACCUCAAAUCUUUCUGCUUCCUUAUCUUUUUGGGGAUCCUUGCUUUGUCAGCAAUUUUCAUCUACCUCUUCCUCCCUGAGACAAAAGGGAAGUCAAUCAUGGAAAUCAAAGCAGAAUUCAAUAAGUUAAAUUUUGGAAAGACACAGGCCACAGUCAAAGAAAACAGCUUCCCCAAGGAACAGAUCUUCUGCACCAGACUUUGACUGUUCAGCUGGGAAGCUUGCAGUUCUUUAAAGGGAUAGAAAGCACUGUUACAACCAACAUGAACUAUAAAACAAAGAUAGACUCUUCACUUUGCUGUCUCUUAUUCCUAUUAUUUUUUAGGAAAGAAGGAAGAUAUGGAACUCCUUAUACUUACUUUUUAUUUUCCUGCUGACAUCUCAACAUUUUCAAAGUUAUUUAGAUCAAUCAGAGGUCUCUAUUUGUUAUAAAAGCUAAAAAAUACUACAGGAAAAAAAAUAAAAUGCAAAAACAAACUUU